AUGGGCGGCAAGCAGAAGAAGCGGAAGGGCUCGCGCUCGUCCAACAGCGGCAAGGCGCAGGCCUUCGCGCAGAACUGCAUGGACAGCAUGCAGUCCAGCAAGGACAAGAAGACGCAGAACCGGCGGCGCAUGCGCGUGGUGCAGCUGCAGCGCUCGGUCGACCGAAAGCUGCAGGAGCUGCGCGCGUUCCCCAAGAACCCGCCGCCGCCGAAGCCCGCGCCGCGCAAGGGCCCCAAAGACCCGUCAGAGUGGAAGCUCAAGGGCGCGGCCAGGCCGGCGGCGCUGCUCGCGAAGAUCGCGGCUGGCGAGCUGGACGAGUGCGGCAACGAGUUCCCCAAGCCCAUCGAGACCUUCGACCUGUACGCGCAGGUGGAGAAGCAGGGCAAGCUGGCGGAGCACAAGGACACCAAGGAGUACAUUAGCCUGUUGAAGCAGCUUGCGGCUGGGUGUUGCGAGGCGGGCAUGCCGGACCGCGGCAUCAAGAACUACGAGCUGUGCAUGAGCUUGGACAAGACGGACUCCUUCCACUCGCGCGAGGGCCUCGCGUGCGCGCUGGUGGACGAAGGUCGUGGAGCGGAGGCGCGCACGUUGAUUGACAAACACACGGACGAGCAGUCGGCGGUGCUGGCGUACUGCCAGGUGAUCAUCGAGUACGUCUCUUGGGAGGUGCUGGAAGAGGAAGGAUCGUCGGAAGAGGUCGUGCAGGCGGCCUUCCGGAAGGCGUUCGCGCUCAACCCGUUCAUGGCCGUGGUGAUCGCGUACCACGAGACGUUCUUCCAGGUGAUGGAGUACGUGGAGGAGAUCAAGGAUCCCAAGCGAGGAUCGAUUGAAGAGGCGUUCGUCUACGCCUCGCAGAAUAUCGGCGUGUGGAUGGACACCGUGGGAGCUUACCAGUGGAUCGAGAAGGAGCUGAACGAGCUGCCGGAGCUUGUGGCUACGAAGGAGCACGUGUCCGACGAAAUGUAUCUCGGAAUGUACGAAACAGCCCUCGAAAUGCACAAGGAGAUGCUUGCUGAAGCCGAGGCUGAGGCUGAAGCUGCUGCUGCGGCAGAAGCGGAGGGCAGCGAUGCAGACGCCGAUGACGGAGACGAGUUCGGCGAUUUCGAGCCUGGCGAUAUUGACGGUGGCGACGACUAG